GACCACAGUCGGGAUCUCGGAGCAGGAAGUGGCUGCGGAGCCGCAGCAGCGACUCUGGAGAGGGAGAAGGAGAGAGAAGAGAAAGGAGGAAGAAGGGGGAAGAGAAAAAGUUCGGGAAGAAGCGGAGACGAUGGGAAUCUCAGCCCCGGGACUGCUCCUCACUGCGCUGAGCUGCCUCUCAGCCUCUCUGGGGAAGGAAGUUUGUACGGGGACCGACCUGCGAGGAAAGCUCUCCUUCAGUCUGGAGGAUCAUUACUACACGCUGCGCAAAGUAUACGAGCACUGCCAAGAGGUGCAGGGCAAUCUGGAGAUCACUCACCUGCAACGCCACAUGGACCUGUCCUUCCUUAAGAACAUUCAGGAGGUCCAGGGCUACGUUUUGAUCGCGCACAACGAGGUGGAUUACGUCCCGCUGGAGAACCUGCGGAUCAUCCGAGGAACGCAGCUGUACCUGGGGCGGUAUGCCCUCUCCGUCUUUUCCAACGCCAACCGGAACGGGAGCGCGGGUCUGCAGGCGCUGCAUAUGAGGAACCUGACAGAGAUCCUGAACGGGAACAUCUGGAUUAGGGACAACCCCAGGCUGUGCUUCCAGGAGACCGUCCUAUGGGAUGACAUUCAGGAUAAAAACAACCAGUUUCACUUCCGGGAAUCCAUGGAUAUCAACCGCACAGUGCAGUGUCCUCCAUGUGACGCUAAGUGUGGGAGUCCCUCGUGCUGGGGCUCGGGGCCUGAAUAUUGCCAGACCUUGACCCGCAGUAUCUGUGCCAGCAAAUGCCUGACACGGUGCAAAGGCCCAAAGCCCACAGAAUGCUGCCACAGCCAAUGUGCCGCUGGUUGCACAGGCCCCAAGGACACGGACUGCCUGGCUUGUCACCAUGUCAGUAACAGUGGGGUGUGCCAGGAGUAUUGCCCACCGCUCACCAUCUACAAUCCGCACACCUAUGAGACAGAGCCAAACCCCAACGGCAAAUACAUGUUCGGCGCCACCUGCGUCAAGAAGUGUCCCUAUAAUUACUUGGCCACUGACUUGGGCUCCUGCACACUGACCUGCCCGAGCAGCACCCGCGAACUCAUCCUGGAGCACGAGCAGAAGUGCGAGAAGUGCAGCGCCCACUGUCUCAGAGACUGCUACGGUCUGGGUGUGAAUGUGCUGAAGGACGUGCGAGCCGUCAAUGCCAGCAACGUCCACCUGUUCGACGGCUGCACCAAGAUAUUUGGCAACUUGGUGUUCCUGAGAGAGACCUUCACAGGUGACCCGGCCACCAACACCCCCCCACUGGACCCCAAGCAGCUUGAGAUCUUCCGACCCCUGACUGAAAUCACAGGCUAUUUGUACAUUGAAGCAUGGCCGCAGAACUGGACUGACCUGGGACUGUUCGAGAAGCUGUCUGUAGUGAGAGGGCGCGUGCUGUACAGCGGUGCCUACGCCCUGUUAGUGCAGAAUCUCCACAACAUCGAAUCCCUGGGACUUCGUUCCCUGAAAGAGAUCAGUAACGGGCUGGUGUUCGUCCAUCAGAAUCCCGCUCUGUGCUACAUCGACAGCAUCCUCUGGAGUCGCAUCUUUAGGAACCCACAGCAGGAGGCGCGGAUAAUAGACAACCAGCCCUCGGACAACUGCACCAACAAGGGCAAGAUCUGUAACAAGAUGUGUGCCAACGGUAGCUGUUGGGGCUCGGGAGCAUCUCAAUGCUUCUCGUGCAAGGGAUUCCUGCGAGGAGAAGAGUGCGUGGAGUCGUGCAAUUUGAACCAAGGGGAAUUCAGGGAGUUUCUGAUCCACAAAACCUGCAACUUAUGUCACCCCGAGUGCCUUCCCCAGAACGGGACCCUGAGCUGCAAUGGGUCGGACUCCGAUCAGUGUGUGGACUGCGCUCACUACAGAGAUGACCGGCACUGUGUGGAACGAUGUCCCAGCGGUUUGCACGGACACGUCUGGAAAUACCCAAAUGAAAAUGGGAUCUGCCAGCUGUGCCCCACCAACUGCACCCACUCGUGCACGACUGGAGAGGACGGGUGUCCUGAGGAGCCAAUCCACAGUCAGGUGACCUCCAUCGUGGCGGGGGUGGCUGGGGCCUUACUGUUCCUGGUUCUCAUCAUGCUGCUCGUCGUCUGGUGUCUCCGCAACAAGAGGCUCAAGAGGAAACACACCAUGCUGCGUCUCCUGGAGCAACGAGAGCUGGUCGAGCCCCUCACGCCCAGUGGAGUGGUGCCUAACCAGGCGCAGAUGCGAAUCCUCAAAGAAACGGAGAUGAAGAAGGUGAAAAUUCUGGGAUCCGGAGCUUUCGGGACAGUUUACAAGGGCGUCUGGAUCCCGGAGGAUGAAGAUGUGAAGAUUCCUGUUGCGAUUAAGGUUUUGAGGGAGGGGACGUCUCCCAAGGCAAACAAAGAGAUUCUCGACGAGGCCUAUAUAAUGGCCGGGGUCAGCAGCCCCUAUGUCUGCCGCCUUCUGGGAAUCUGCCUGACCUCCACCGUGCAGUUGGUCACCCAGCUCAUGCCGUACGGCUCGCUCCUGGAUUACGUCCGAGAGAACAAGGACCGCAUCGGGUCCCAGCACCUGCUGAACUGGUGUGUGCAGAUCGCCAAGGGGAUGAAUUACCUGGAGGAUCACGUGAGGCUGGUUCACCGCGAUCUCGCCGCCCGCAACGUCCUGGUCAAGAGCUCGAACCACGUGAAGAUCACUGACUUCGGGCUGGCCCGCCUGCUGGACAUCGACGAGACGGAAUACCACGCUGACGGCGGCAAGGUUCCUAUCAAGUGGAUGGCGCUGGAGUCCAUCUUGCACAGGAAGUUCACCCACCAAAGUGAUGUGUGGAGCUACGGUGUGACCGUGUGGGAGCUGAUGACAUUCGGAGCGAAGCCAUACGACGGAAUCCCGGCCCGAGAGAUCCCAGAGCUCCUGGAGAAAGGCGAGCGGCUGCCACAGCCCCCCAUCUGCACCAUCGACGUCUACAUGAUCAUGGUCAAAUGUUGGAUGAUAGACUCAGAAUGUCGGCCCAGGUUCCGGGAGCUGGUCACAGACUUCAGUAAAAUGGCCAGAGACCCACCACGAUAUGUGGUCAUCCAGGGGGAUGAGCAGCUGGUAUUACCGAGCCCCGCCGACAGUAAGUUCUUUCGCACGCUGUUGGAGGAGGAGGACAUGCAGGAUCUGCUGGACGCUGAAGAAUAUCUGGUACCACAGCCCAGCUUUUUCCGCACUGAGCCCUCCUGCACGAGUCACAGGACGAGAAUCCCAUCCUCCAGAAGCACCACCAGUGGGCCUGAGGUAGAAGUACAAGUUCCAGCCAAUCGCCACCGAAACCCCAGCUGCAGCCUGUCCCAGCAAUCGGGCGCUCCCUACCCUGAGGUGUUCGCAGAGGCGAAGGGCUCCGGCCAUAGCCAGGGGCCUCCGGCGGCAGAAUGUACCCGAUACAACUCCGAGCCGGGCGCGUGUGCGAGCGAUGGGGAGGUUGAGUGUGUGAGCAGGGACUCCGAGGAUGGACUGGAAGUGGACUGCGGCUUAUCUCAGGACACUGAGCUCACAACGCCAGCAGAGUACAUGAACCAGGCUCCUGCGAGGCUGUCUCCGGCCAGACCUGGGCACCUGGACAUCCCGCUGAAGAAGUUCGGGCACAGUGGCAGCGGCCCGUCCUCGCCCUCCAGCCCCAGCACCGUGCAGAACCCCGAGUACCUGUCUCACCGCAACUUGCCAGCCAUCCCCGCCAACCCGGCCGUGGACAAUCCCGAUUACUGGGAGCCGGAGAACAGCGAGUACCUGCCGGCCGCUCCCACGCAACCCAACGGCUACCUGCGAGUGGCCACGGUGGAGAACGUGGAGUAUCUGGGUUUGGCGGAGGCCACCAGUGGCUAGACGGGACGAGGAGCUCUCCUGCCUCUCCCAGACGCGGCCAAAGACACACCGCACCCAUGGUCUCGGGUCGCUCCAAGGAUAGUGACCUUGACCUGCUGUCAGCAGCAGGAGCUGCUGCACGUUGUGCCCCCGAACAUCCAGCCUCCGGGUUGAUCUGUCUCGAGCACCCCCCUCCCCCCCCACACCUUCCAUCCCCAUCCCACCCCUACCCUCACGCCGGACUGGGAAUGCCGGGCUGGGAAUACCCAUGCUCCGGGUUGGGAAGCGUUGAGCCAGCCUACGCCGAGGAGUGCUGGUGAAAGGAACACUUAAGAGGGCUGGCAGCGGGGCGACGGAGACCAAACCAUAGAGUCUCGGAGCUCGGACACCGGCACGCAAGGAGCCCGGCCGCUCGGGCUCAGCCUUUAAUGUGAAUGUAUUUCUCUCGGAUGGUGAUGAUGAUGAUGAUGAUGAUGAUGAUGAGCAGGGCAGAGCCCCUGACGUUCUUUUUUCUCAAAGUGUUCUUGAGACAUUUGAGCUACAGACGCACACACAGCGCCUUUCCAACUAGUAUGGACCCCCUCCCACCAAGCCCCCGUUUCC